CUGUUUGUAGUUGCUGCACAAAAAGGUGUCCUACCCUGGGUCACCUUCACCCAAACCGACAAGGUGGAUUCCCGACUGCCCAUAGCGGCCACCUCAGGUGCCUUUCAAAACUUGACGUCCUACCUCAACGAGACUCUUCUCAACUUCACCACUGCAUUCCACGGCUCUGGCGAGUACAUCUCCGAGUCCUUAGGUGUCCCUCCUAGCGUCAUCUACGGCAGUGUCGCUGCCCUCGUCGCACUACCCCUCACUAUGUCCAGAUACUGGCCUAGCCGCGGGUUCUCACCAUACGACACCCUCCCCGCUGAUGCACCCGAUGUGACGGACGAGGACUUCAGCUACAUCACCUCACAAGACCUUGACGACCCCAGCCUGAGCGUUCCUGUUGACGCUUGGCACCACCCCCGCACGUACCGCCGCGAACGCGAACCGGAGGACGACGUUCUCCUGAUCAAGAAUCGGAGUGUCACAUAUCCCGCCCACUUCCCCGCAUACUCAAUUGGAGACGGCAAGUUGCUUGUCAUGGAUGUGAAGGAGCGAGUUGCCCUCCUGAUGGACCUGCCAGACCGAGUCGCUCGCAAGGUCAAGCUCCUCUACAAGGGCAAGCACCUCAAGGACCCUUCUGCUCCCGUGCGAGAGUAUGGCGUUAAGAACAAGAGCGAAUUGAUGGCCGUGGUGCCCGAGGGUGAGGAUGGUAGCAGCCCAUCAGAGGGGGAGAUUGUAAAUGUUGUCGACUCAAGAAACUCGAGCAAACCACGCCGCAAGAAGAAAGGCAGCAAGAAGAAGAAGGAUAGAUCCAGCGGAGGUGAGGGCGACACAACCACCAGCCCACGCGACAGCAAUUCGAACUUCGAUCCUCCAAACUCCCCACCUGCACCUUCAGCCCCCAUUGGAGCGGGCCAACCUGUGGUAUCACCACUGCCUCCUCGUUCUGGAGCAGCUACUGGUCCGCUGAAACAGCUCGACGACUUGACCGAGGAGUUUGAAUCAAAAUGGUUGCCGCUGUGCAAUGAAUAUAUUCAAUCGCCUCCUUCUGAUCCCAAGAAGAGGCAGGAGGAGCAUCUCAAGAUCUCGGAAUCCGUGCUGCUGCACAUCAUCUUGAAAACCGACGGAGUAGACCCCGACGGAGCUCCUGAUGUCAGACCCCGCAGAAAGGGACUGGUUUCAUUUGCCCAGGACGUAUUAAAGAUCAUGGAUAAGGUCAAGGAAGCUGGCCCAAAGCAAUAA